AUGAUUAAUAUGUUAUACAGAAAUAGUAAAAUGAGAAUAUUCUAUUCACUUUUAUUAUUUACAACUUUAUUGGUAAUUGUAAAAUCACAAAAUGGAUUAUCACCAUGUGGUGAAGGAUCUGCAAUUUGGAAUUCCGAUUAUUCAGGUUGGACAGAUGGUAGAGGUUUGUGUGGUUUGCCAACUCCACCGAGUGGUGUUGUAGUUGCAGGUGUCAAUAGAAACUAUUUUACAAUGACUUCGGGUUCGGGAUUGUGUGGAACCUGUUUCAAGUUGACCGGUCCAGCUGGUUCUGUCAUUGCCCAGGCUGUCGAUGUCUGUGAUGCCACUGCACUCUGCACUCAGACCGACCACGCACAUUUCAUCUUGUCGCCAGCCGACUACAACGUCAUCUCUGGAAACAGCACUGCCACCCUCUACAACGUCGGCUACCAAAUGAUUACCUGUCCAAAUGAAGGUGAUAUCACUGUCACUCCGAAACCAGACGGUAGUGGAAGUUACUCAUACUACUUCAGUUUGACACUCUCGGGAUUCUCCGUGCCAAUCAAGAGCGUAGAGGUCACCGUCGGUGGAACUUCCGGUGCCUAUCAACAGCUGAAAUACCAAAGCUCUCUCUGGGUAUUCAAUAAGAACUCGAUCGCUUUCACAUUCCCAGGAAAGGUUAGAGUCACUUCACAGACUGGCCAACAAAUUGUAUACUCCAUGACAAAUGGUGCAGCCAAGAUGAUUCCAAACUUUGAUCAAGCUCCGCUCUACGCUGACUGCGGUACUCCAGUCGCCCCACAGUACAUCUACCAGGAUUCGUUGGCUCAAGGAUGGACUGACGCCAGCUGGGACUUUGUCGAGAAAAACUACAACGACAACUCUGCUGCUUCCGGUUCAAACAUUGCCAUUGGUCUCUCUGCUUAUGGUGGUCUCAAGAUCCAAUCGUUAACUUCGUUCUCCACCGCCAAUUUGGCAACUCUGGAAUUCUCUGCCAAAGCCAAUGUUAGCAAUUCACAAAUUCUUAUUUUCCUUCACAAGGGUGCCAAUUUCAAUGUCACCGUUGGAACGGAGUGGGCAAACUACAACGUUACACUCGCCAGCUUGUCUGCCGCAGCCACCGAAACUGCAAUCGCCUUCCAAAACUUCCAAGGAUCCUCGCUCCUGCUGAUGGUUGACAAUAUCAAGUGGGGAUACUCAUCGAAUGUAUCAACAUCUACCAGCACCAGUGGUACCGGUCUCGUCACCAUGCCACCAGUCACCAAGCCACCCUCGACCACAGCAUCCGGCUCCGCUACAACCACCUCUGUCGUCACCACCGCUUCGACCACCGCACAGGUCACCACCACUCGUGGACCAUCUGGAACCACAGCAGGUGGAGACGGAUCAUCGGUAUCCGACAGUGAGAACACUGGAGGUGACAAACAUGUCGACAGUUCAUCAUCAACCAAACUUACAAUUUCGACAAUCACCUUAUUAUUAAUUUCAAUAAUUUUAUUCUAA